AUGGCCCUGACAGAAGGGGUGGGUGAUGAGGUGACCAUCCUUUUCGCGGUGCGUGCCUGCCUUCCGGUGCUGGCUCUCGCCUGGGCCUCAACACACACUGCCGAGGGCACUGAUCCACUGCCCCAGCCGUCAGGGACCCCAACACCGACACAGCCCAGAGAAGCCAUGGCGGUCACCGACGGCAUCAGAGGGGAGGCCCCAGGAGCCGAGACCCCCAGCCUGAGACACAGAGGUCAGGCUGCACAGCCAGAGCCUGGAGUGGGGCUCCCAGCAACGCCGCCGCCUCCAGACCCCCCCCAGGAGCCCCCAGUACUACGGCUGAAAUUCCUCUAUGAUUCAGAGCAGGUGGCCAGGGCCUGGCCCCAUGACACCAUCGGCUCCCUGAGAAGGACCCAAUUUCCUGGCCGGGAACAGCACGUGCGACUCAUCUACCAAGGGCAGCUGUUAGGAGACGACACCCAGAGCCUGGGCAGCCUUCCCCUCCCUCCUAACUGCGUUCUGCAUUGCCACGUGCCCACUCGGGAGGGUCCCCCACACCCACCCUGCCCACCGGGGUCAGAGCCAGGCCCCUCCGGGCUGGCAGUAGGCAGCCUGCUGCUGCCGCUGCUGCUCUGGGACUGCCAGAUCCAGUACCGGCCCUUCUUUCCCCUGACCGCCACUCUGGGGCUGGCCGGCUUCACCCUGCGCCCCAGUCUCCUGGCCUUUGCCAUGUUCCGCCCGUAGUGCCUCCACGGGCUCUUGGCAGUGUUGCGGGCCCCUCCGGACCUUGCUCCCCAUGACACGGUGGGAGCUGCUGUCUGCCUAGGCCUGCCUCUCCGACCUGCCUCUUCCCACUACCCUGGAGCCCAGCCCUGUGCCGCAGAGCACUCCAGGGGCCAGUGGAGGCCCCUCCCUG